AUGUCAACGACCUCGACUGUUCUUCCAGCUAUUCAGCUCAAUGUGAACUACGAAGACAUAAAACUGUCGAUUCGUGACUUCUUGACCCAUUUUAAAGGUUCCAGUGAAGAAGUCCAAACUGAUAUCAGCGAUGAAAUUGAGUACAACGGACCAAAAUACUUGGGUCUUUUGCAACGAAUUGCAAACAGAGAGCUCUCAACUCUUUAUAUCGACCUUGAGGAUUUGAAAAACUAUCAUGAAAACCAGUUCUUUGCUGGACCUAAUUCUCAAACUCAAAGCUCCACCAGCCCUAAUUCACUUAUUGGUCAUAUCAUUAAAAAUUGUUAUAGAUACGUGGAACUCUUCAGCAGCGUGGUUGAUGAAUUGAUGCCAGAGCCUACGAAAGACAUUUCUUACAAAGAUGAUGUGCUUGAUGUGAUCUUACACCAAAGAAAGCUCCGCAAUUUGAGAUUGCAACAAGAUAAUAAUGAAGAAUAUAAUAGCUUGCGAGAUGGAUUCGACUCCAACAAUGGCGAAGGAGUCCGUCAAGAUAACCAACCUGCCGACAAUAUCUUUCCAUCCAAGCUCAUUCGUCGAUACUGCUUAUACUUUAAGCCCACCUCAGAUUUUAGUAACUCAAAAGCAUUGGCUGUUAGAGACGUCAAAGGCAGCUAUGUGGGACAGCUUAUUACUGUGCGUGGUAUAGUGACGAGAGUUUCAGACGUGAAGCCUUCGGUUCUUGUCAAUGCUUAUACUUGUGACAAGUGUGGUUUUGAAAUUUUUCAAGAGGUAUCCUCAAGAGUGUUUACACCUUUAUCUGAAUGCAAUUCGCCCGUUUGUAAGGCAAACAACACAAAGGGCCAAUUGUUCAUGUCUACUAGAGCAUCAAAGUUCUCAUCUUUCCAGGAGGUAAAAAUUCAAGAAUUGGCAAAUCAAGUCCCAGUGGGACAUAUCCCCAGAACCCUUACAGUCCACGUUAACGGUGACUUGGUUAGGACGAUGAACCCUGGAGAUGUGGUGGAUAUAGCGGGGAUUUUCAUGCCUGCACCAUAUACUGGGUUCCGUGCCCUCAAGGCUGGUUUACUUACUGAGACGUAUUUGGAAGCCCAAUAUGUCAAGCAGCACAAAAAGCAAUAUGAAUCACUUGAAUUGACAGAAGAAAUCAAGUUAAAAGUUCAAAAAUUACACGAUGAAGGCGGCAUCUACCACCGUUUGGCUCUGUCGAUUGCUCCAGAAAUUUAUGGGCAUCUCGAUGUCAAGAAGAUUCUACUUUUACUAUUAUGUGGUGGUGUGACCAAGGAAAUUGGUGAUGGAUUAAAAAUCCGUGGUGACAUCAACGUUUGUCUUAUGGGUGAUCCCGGUGUGGCCAAGUCCCAAUUAUUGCGUGCUAUAGGAAAGAUUGCUCCAAGAUCCGUCUACACCACUGGUAGAGGAUCUUCUGGUGUUGGUUUGACCGCAGCCGUUAUGAGAGACCCCAUCACCGACGAGAUGGUUUUGGAAGGUGGUGCUUUGGUUUUGGCAGACAGUGGAGUUUGUUGUAUCGAUGAAUUUGAUAAGAUGGAAGAAUCAGAUAGAACUGCGAUUCAUGAGGUUAUGGAGCAGCAAACCAUAUCGAUCUCAAAAGCCGGUAUCAACACCACUUUAAAUGCCAGAACAUCAAUUCUUGCUGCCGCCAAUCCUUUGUAUGGAAGAUACAACCCCAAAUUAUCACCACAUGAAAACAUCAAUCUUCCAGCUGCAUUAUUAUCAAGAUUUGAUAUAAUGUACUUGAUGUUAGAUCAGCCUACGAGAGACUCUGAUGAACGACUCGCCCAGCACGUUGCCUACGUUCAUAUGCAUAACAAACAACCUGAAAGCGAAAUCGUCCCAUUGGACUCUGCUACCAUCCGUCAGUACAUUUCCUUGGCUCGCACUUACAGACCAGUCGUUCCCAAAGAAGUUGGAGAUUAUAUUGGCAAUUCCUACAUCAGUAUGCGUAAAGAGUCCAAGAGAAACGAAGGUUCGGUCAAAAAGUUCUCGCAUAUCACACCAAGAACCGUGUUGGGUAUUUUAAGAAUGGCUCAGGCGCUUGCAAGAAUCAGAUUUGAUAACACUGUUACGAUUGAAGAUGUCGAGGAGGCUUUAAGAUUGAUGCAAGUUUCGAAAUCGUCGUUGUAUGUUGACGAUGAUGGACCACCUGAAGACACAUCGUACCUUACAACAAUCUUCCAAUUGAUCAGGAAUAUUUCCAUAAGAGAAGGACGUUCGUUGCCAAUGGACGACCUUAAAAACCGAGUUCUUGGACGUUCGUUUACCGCGGACCAGUUCCAGGAAUGUAUAAAAUUGUAUGAGGACGCGAAUGUGUGGCAGGUGAACGACAAUGGUGCAACUUUGUUCUUUAUUAGCACAGAUAGCGACCUGGAGAUGUCUGACUAG